UCGCAGUCGUUUGAUCAGAGCGGAGGGCAGCCAAAGGCCUCAGUAUCUUGAGGAUCACAACACAAAAAGGCACAGUGUGACUGUUCCCUAUGAGCCGCCCCAGCCGGGCUCAGAGAUCACCACAAUCCUGUUCAACUUCAUGUGCAACAGCUCCUGCAUGGGAGGCAUGAACCGCAGACCCAUCCUCACCAUCCUGACCCUUGAGACUUCAGACGGACAACUUUUGGGCCGAAGAUGCUUCGAGGUGCGUGUCUGCGCGUGUCCCGGCAGGGAUCGUAAAACAGAGGAGGCAAAUAGUGCCAAACUUCAGACAGGGGCCAAACAAGUGAAGAAAAGAAAAAGUGCCCCAGCAACAGAUCCUGAUAUGUGCAAAAGGAAGUCUGGCUCAAGCACAGACGAGGAGGAAGCACUUAUGUUGCCAGUUAAAGGCCGUGAGCGCUAUAACAUGUUAAAAAAGAUAAAUGAUGCAUUAGAACUGGCUGAAAAAGAGGCUAAAAACAAAACCAGGGCUUCUAAGGAACUGCUGCCGUCCAGUGGAAAGCGCGUCUUGCAAAAAGCAGAACGAAGCGACAGCGACUAGUUGCAAUCUGCCUUCUUUUAACUGCCAUGUUAUGUUCAGUGUUGCUUCCUGGCCAACAUCCCUCAGCAGGAGGCUGCACGAUCAUCGAGUUCAGAUGAACUGCGCGACCCCAGCCUCCUGUACCUCCCCGUCCCUCGUCCUGCCGGGGUCCGGCGCGACCCCAGCCCACGGAACUUCCCCGUCCCUCGUCCUGCCGGGGUCCGGCGCGACCCCAGCCCACGAAACCUCCCCGUCCCUCGUCCUGCCGGGGUCCGGCGCGACCCCAGCCUCCCCUUUACCUCCACCCGUGCCACAGGCCCACUGAUGAUGAACAUGAUGAUGAUGACGAACAUGAUGAUGAUGAUGAUGAUGAUGAUGAUGAUGAUGAUGAUGAUGAUGAUGAUGAUGAUGAUGAUGAUGAUGAUGAUGAUGAUGCAAGCAGACAGCUGCGUGCAAGGGCUGACCAUUUUAAACGAAAAAUAAAACAGACCAAACAGGCAAAAA